CGACGCCGUGUCCCAAGCCCUCGCCGCAUGCCGUGAGGCGGCUAGCCCAAUCCGUCAUCGCACUCUGAUCCCACCGCGCGCCGCGAGUGUUUGCGCAUGCAGCCGCACUCAGCUUCGCUCUUCUCUCCGCACCAGGCCGGAAGCACGGGCGACGCCGCGAGUCCCGCCAGUCGGCCCGCAGCGCGCCUGACCCACGAGGGACGUCCCUCCCAAUCGCGGUCGGCGGACGGCAAGCAAGGCGGCUGCGACAUUCUGAGGUAGCUCUGCACCACCGCGAGGCGGACCUGCCCGCCGGCCUUGCCCGUGCCGACUGCGACGGCUUCGCAGCCGCGGCAGCCGUGCCUGGCGAAGCCGGAGCCAUGCCUCUGCCACUUGCCGUGCGCCUUGCCGCACUCCCUCGCGCUCUUGUCGUCGCGAUCGCCGCGCCGCCGCCUGUGCUGCAAGCUCUGCGCCUGCUGCUUGUCUUUGUGCUCCUCGACUACGAGCAUUUGCGCUUCUACGCCUGCGCCGCCGGCUCGAGCCGCCGCUUGCCGGCGCAGCCCGGGCAACAUGCAGCGGCCGUGCGGCCUCUCCGCAUCCUCAUUGCCGCCGAUCCACAGCUCAUCGACUCGCACACGUACCCGCAUCUGAGCGCACCCUUGCGGCGCAUCGCGCGGUGGGCCAGCGACACCUACGCGCGGCGCGCGUGGAUGGGCGCCAGCUGGCGCAAGGAUGCCGUCAUCUGGGCGGGCGAUCUCACAGACGGCGGACGUCGGACAAUGAGUGACAGCGAGUGGACAGCUCUAGUGCAUCGCUUCCGCUCGCUCUUCAGCCCGUCGCCGCCCGCGGCAUACCUACCCGGCAACCACGACCUAGGCAUCGGCGCUUCGAGCCUGAUACCUGUCGAUCCUCGCGCCGACGCGCGCUGGCUCGAUUCGUUCGGUCUGGCGAAGAACCAGCGCGGCGGUGUCUGGGCGCCGGCUGAGGGGUCGAGACGCGGCGGGCAUCGACCUCGCCCAGAGAUCGAUACCUCCGUCGGCAGCGGUGACAGAAGCACGAAUGCCGUCCUGCCGAUACGUCUCGGCGGCCAGGCUUCGCCAAGUCACGAGAUCGUGCUCCUGGACGCGCUGGCGCUGGUGUCGCUGGAGCGCAGCGGGCGGACCGACCCAGCGCAGAUGACACCUCGCGAGCGCGAUGUGUGGACGCUGGUGCAGAGCUUUGCGCCCGCAGCAGAUACGCAGCGCCUGCUCCUCCUCCACGUGCCGCUGCAUCGCCCGGCCGAUACGUCGUGUGAUCUACGAGGCGCGACGCACUCUGUGGUGCGCGAGUCGCCGAGACUGAUGACGGCAGGCGGAGAUCGAGCAAACACGUACCAGAACGAGCUGUCAGAGGCAACGUCGCGCUGGGUGCUGGAGAAGGUCCAGCCGGAUGCCGUGUUCUCCGGAGACGACCACGACCACUGCGAAGUCUUGCACUCGGUCAGCGGACGCAACUCCAGCGUCCGGCUCGCCAACCUGCCCUGGCUCGCGCCGGCCCAGGUGCCUGAGCUGACGCUCAAGGCCUUUUCCAUGACGGAGGGCGUGCGUCGCCCGGGCUACGCACGGCUAGACCUGCUGCCGGCAACGACGAGCGAGCGGGCCAGUGCCUUCUACACGCCCUGUCUGCUGCCAGACCAGGUCCGCACCUGGACGCACGACUACCCGUUCCUUCUUCUCGCAACACUCGCGGCGGUCGCCCUUCUUCGCUUUUCCGGCCUGCGCAACUUUGCCCGCAGGCGGCGCGCCCCGCCGCUGCCGCGGUCGCUCCGCAGCGACGCCGCCCACACGCAGGACGGCUGGGAGCUGGUGGAUCUCGAAUCUGCAGAGGCUGAAGAGAGCACCGCCGACAAGGUACGGCGCAUCCGCUUCGGCGGGAGAAGCGCCGCGGCCGACACCACCCUGCCGACCUUUGCGCACGAUGCUCUCUCUGUACUCUGGCCGGUGCUCCUGUGGUGGCUCUUGCUGCAGCAGGCGUAGCACCGCUCUGCAUCACGCUUCGGCACAGCGCUGGUAAUGUCACAUGCACGUCUAUUGCAG